ACACUAAAUUGAGGCAUGUUUAACAUUUUAAAACUUUUUCUGUCCAUCCUUGCAUUUUCAUGAUUAACCUUUGUUUUGUUUAUGCCCCCUAGAAGACCAAUUUUUGUCUCAUGGUUAAUCUAUUUUUAUAACCAUUAUCUCUUCUUAAAUCACCUCUAUUUGACAUUUAAAGGUUCAUUUGACUCGUAACCGUAUCUAGCGUUUGUUGCUGUGAUUUCCAGGCGGUAUUAUUCGUUUCCUUGUUAGUGUGAUGUUCACUUUUAAAUCCAACAAUGGAAAAUAACGUGAGGCAGCGUACUAGACCUGUUUUGGAUGCUGAAUUAUCAUCUGAGGCUUCCAUUUUUAGUGAUGAUGAUUUUGGUAAAAAGAGAUGUCCACCGCUGAUCAGUAACCGGGCAUGGAUUUUAAUUUUUAUUGUCUAUUUUUCAGUAUUUUUAGGGGUAUUGUAUUGUGAUGUUAUUAGGUUUCCAUUUCCUGUAUCAGUAGAACAGCUUAAAACUUCUGGAAAUUCAAGAAGUCUGCAAUUUAGUGAGGAAAGAGCUAAAAAUUUCGUUAUUGAACUUAGUAGUAUAGGUCCGAAACCUACAGGAAGUUACGAAAAUGAAGUUGUAGCUGUAGAUUAUAUAACCAGGCAACUAAAUUAUAUUAAAAGUCAUACUAAGCCUGCGAACCGAAUCGAAAUUGAUAUACAGAAACCUAGUGGUUGUUUUCCAUUGACCUUUAAAGAUGGAAUGGUAUCUUGUUACCACGACGUAAAAAAUAUUGUCGCUAAGAUAGGGCCCUUUAAAGCCACCAAUAAAAGUAUAGUGAUAAAUUGCCAUUAUGAUUCAGUACCAACUAGUCCAGGAUCAAGUGAUAAUGUUGUGAGUUGUGCUAUUAUGCUAGAAGUACUGCUGUCACUCUCUCAGCAUGAUGAACCUCUUGUAAAUGAAGUGAUAUUUCUGUUCAAUGGAGCUGAAGAAAACAUUUUACAGGCUGCUCAUGGUUUUAUAACUCGGCAUCCCUGGGCUAAGACAGCUGUUGGUUUUGUUAACAUGGAAGCAUGUGGAGCUGGUGGUAAACAGAUGUUAUUUCAAGCAGAUAGAGAAAGAACUUGGUUAUUACAAGCAUAUGCUAGUGGAUCUCCUUUUCCACAAGGCUCAGUUGUUGCUCAGGACAUUUUCCAAAAUGGUUUAAUUCCAUCAGAUACUGAUUAUAGGAUAUUUGAUCAUUUUGGUGGUAUACCAGGUUUAGAUUUUGCUUAUGUGAAAAAUGGUUAUGUAUAUCAUACAAAGUUUGAUGUUCCAGAGGCUAUUACAGUUGGUGCGAUUCAGCAAGCAGGUCUGAAUCUUUUAAAUUUGAUACAUAAUGCAUUAAGUUCUCCAGAUAUGAGAAGAGUUGAAGAUCAGACAAAAUUAAACUUGGUGUUUUUUGAUUUCAUGGGAUUUUUUAUGGUUGUAUAUCGUGUCAGCGUUGCAACAGUAGUCAAUGUUCUCAUUAUUAUACUUUGCUUUAUUGAUAUGAUUGUGAAAGCUAGAUCUCUAGGUUUUCCUUUAAAAGCAAAGCUCUUUUUAACUCUCAAAGCUGUUAUUGUAAUGUUAAUUAGCCUGGUUUGUGCAAGUGUCACUUGUACAUUAAUUGCUGCUCUUCUGGAUUUGUUUGGAGCAACUAUGUCAUGGUAUCGUUCACCAUAUUUAAUUGCUGGCUUAUAUGGCUCAUCAUCUGUAGCAGUGAUUUUGUUAGUUCAUUGGAUAUUAGCCAAGCAACAAAAGAAUCAAAGAGAAAAAUGGUUGCAAGAAGAUGUGUAUUUUGAUGCUGCCCGACUUGUCUGGGUUUUUCUACUAAUAGUUUUAGAACUGGCUAAAAUUAACUCCUCAUUCAUUUGCUGUGCAUGGGUUCUCUUUCCUACUUUAGUUCGUGGUGUUUUAGGCAAUUUAUUAAACCUUACAAGUUUUAAAGGUACCCGUGAAUCACAUUUGUUUACCCACUUUAUAAUGCAAAUCAUACCCUUAUCAUUGUUGUUUUAUUGUGUGUGGUCAAUAUAUACAGUAUUUGUUCCAAUUAUGGGCCGUAUUGGUGCCAUGCAUAAUCCAGAUGUGUUGGUUGGAAUGUUUACAACGAUUCUUGUCUUUUUAUCUACCUCUUACAUGUUUUCUCUUGUCCGGGUUAUGGCUUCUAUUCGUAAAGUCCUGAUGCUGCUGUUGUGCAUUUUUGGUAUAACUUUCAUGUUAGUUUGUUUUACUCCGCUUGGAUUCCCUUAUUCUGGAGAAGAGGAUUCUCCUGUUCCAAUGAGGUUAUAUGUGUUGCAUACAGAACGCAAGUUUUACAACAUGACAGGGCAUGCUGUAUCAGAAGAUUCUGGCUAUUGGAUUGUGCCUCUGGAUUAUAAUGGACCAAAAAUGCUUAAGAAGUUUAUAGAUGAAGUUAAAAAUGCUGAACCUAUUGACUGUGAUGCUGAACUAGCUUGUGGGAUGCCUUUUUAUAUGCCUGUGAUUUCUUUGCUCAGGUUAAGUUAUUAUGUCUCUGCCCCCAAACCGAAAAUUCAUGGCCAUCAUAAGUUUGAAAUGACUUCAAGGGCACUUGUGAGUCCUCAACUAUAUCGUUUGGCUUUCAGUGUCAGUGGUCCUGAUCAUAUGACAGUUGUUAUUUCCCCUCGUUCUGGUAUUACUCUUUCCAAAUGGUCAUUAACUAGUGAUACUCCUUUGCGAAGCUUAGACUGGAGAGAUAGACCUACAUAUUUUAUUUAUUAUUCCUAUGGAGAGUACAAAGAAACAUGGAAAUUUUCGAUUGAUUUAAAAGUUCCUAGCAGUUAUAACAAGAAUUCUCCUCUUGUUGAUAUCAGUUUCAUAACUCAUUACCUUCAUGGCCAUGAUUAUAUCACUGGAGAUUUUCCGUCUUUCUUAGCUCGGAUUCCAUCUUGGAUUCAUGCAACACCUUGGACUUGUACAUUAGACAUGUUUGUCUUUUAAUGAAAAUCCUUAAUUUAAGAACAAGGAAAUUUAAAAUUAGUAGUGCAUUCAUUUUGAUUAUACAUACUUUAAACUGUUUUAAAUAUCCGAUGUCUUGUAGAUAAUUCAAGCAAGUAUUGUGCAAUCUUGCUUGCACAUUAAUUUCCAAAUUCGAAUAUAGAUUUCAUAUGAAGUUUAAACUUUAUAAUAGAAUCUUAUAAGAAAAUAACCAAUUAUAUUAUGUUAUCAUUUAGUAAAACCUCUGUUUUAUGGCUUAACCACAUACAUUCUUUAACAAUGUAGUAGAGCUCCAAAUGUACAGACCAACUAGGACUAUAGUUCAUAUGAUGUUCAAAAUACC